AUGGAGGAAGCAUUCUUAGGAGUCACACCACCGGACGUCAAUAAACUGGUUCCGCCUCAUAUCCUACGACCCAGCUAUGCCCUUCGAGGCGAACCAUCCGAGUGGGCUUCGACUAUUCCAAUCAAUGGAUCAGAAGCAAUUGAAGGAUGCCGCAAAGCUGGUCAGUUGGCAAAGAAAAUUUUACAGCUAGGAGGAUCGCUUGUAAAGCCAGGGAUAACGACGAACGAAAUUGAUCGGAUCUUACAUGAGGCGAUCAUUACCAGCAACGCAUAUCCAUCACCACUAAACUAUAUGGGAUUCCCAAAAUCAGUCUGUACUUCAGUUUCCAACGUGAUCGCUCAUGGAAUCCCAGACGACCGCUGCCUUGAGGAUGGCGAUAUCAUCAACGUUGAUAUUACAGUUUACUUGAAUGGGUAUCAUGGCGACACAUCAGCCACGUUUCUUGUAGGCAACGUAGAUGAGCCAGGACGAGAGCUUGUUGAGAGGACGAAGGAAUCAUUGGACGCAGCAAUUGAUAUCUGUGGACCAGGUGUGCCCUUGAACAGGAUCGGAAAAACAAUCCAGGCUAUUGCAGACAAAUAUAAAUAUAGCGUUUCGGAGCAGUUUUCAGGACAUGGUAUAGGUAAAGAGUUUCAUUGUCUACCUCUGAUUUAUCACCAUGAUAAUGACGAGGAGGGCUUGAUGGAGAAGGGAAUGAUCUUUACGAUCGAGCCCAUGUUUUGCCAGGGUGCAUCCAUGGGGGUCCAAUGGCCCGAUAAGUGGACUGUGUCCACAGUGGAUGGAGGCAGAAGUGCACAAUUUGAACACACUAUAUUGAUCACUGAAGAUGGCGCCGAGAGAUUGACGGGUUGAUGAGGAAAGGGCCUGGUGGAGUAAAAGAAGUGGAGUCAUUUUAGGAGUAUGUAGACAGCCUAUUUUCACGUACAGACAAUUCAACUUUGGGUUGAAGGUCUAGAGUGAAUAGUGACAAUUGAAAGUCCUGUUUGAAUUUGUUCCUGAG